UCAUCUCAUUUCACUGCAAAUCAAACACAAACAAUCUCAUUCUCAAAUUCUCAAUCACAAAACCCAGAAAAAAAAAGCUUGAAUUCAAUCAACAAUGGCGAGAACAAAGCAAACAGCGAGAAAAUCAACCGGAGGAAAAGCUCCAAGGAAGCAACUCGCAACAAAAGCAGCUCGCAAAUCUGCUCCGGCAACCGGCGGCGUGAAGAAGCCUCACAGAUUCCGUCCGGGAACAGUUGCGCUUCGUGAGAUCCGAAAGUACCAGAAGAGUACCGAGCUUCUCAUCCGGAAGCUUCCAUUUCAACGAUUAGUCAGAGAAAUCGCUCAAGAUUUCAAAACUGAUCUUCGUUUCCAAAGCUCUGCUGUUGCUGCUCUUCAGGAAGCUGCUGAAGCUUACCUUGUUGGAUUGUUUGAGGAUACUAAUUUGUGCGCGAUUCAUGCUAAGAGAGUUACGAUUAUGCCUAAGGAUAUUCAGCUCGCUCGUAGGAUUCGUGGCGAGCGUGCUUAGGGUUUUUUAAUUUUAAUUAAUCAAUUAAUCCUAUGUCUUUUUUUAUGUAUUAGUGGAAGUAAUGGUGGUUUAGAUGUGAUUAAGGACGGUUAAUUGCUUAAAGUAGGGAUUGUGUUUUGGUACUUUUGGUUAUGUAAUGUAAAGGCUGUUCUUCAGAUCUAUCAAUCAAUGAAAUCUGUGUUUUAUUAGCAA